CCUGCAAAACAUUUACUGCUGCCGCCGGAGGCCCAGCUCGCCGGCGCCACCUUCUGCCUUCUCACCGCGGGUAAUUUUCCUCCCCGGUCGACCGGUCGUUGCACAGCCAUGGAAUCAACUGGUCGGAUUCAGAUUCUACAUAUUUUCCGGAGUUUCUGCUGCUACUAGUUUCGUGUCUCCCCCAUGGAUUCGGACUCCCUUCUCCUAAUCGGACAACUAGUGAGGCAUCUAUUCCUAUAAUUUAAGGGCAGCCAAGACGCCCUCUCUCCCAGCUUCAGAUUGCAAGUUCAGUUGGUUGCCACACAAGGAAGCAAUUCAUCUCCAAAAGGCCCGGUUUUGCAAAUUGCUGCUCCAAUGGAGACCUGUAGCGUGGCCAUGAUAGUGAGCUUUGGACGCUUUGGCUUGACAAGUUUGCAUAAGCUGCUGGCUCUGUCUCCCGGUUCACUGCAGAAAUUCAGAGAGGCCUGUAGCGUAGCCAGGAUAAUGAGCUUUGGACAGUUUGGAUUGACAACAUUGCCUAAGCUGCUGGCUCUGUCUCCGGAUUCACUGCAGAAAUUCAGACAAGGCUCACCACGGAUCCCAACUGAGACUCUGUUGCCGGAGCUGCCUCAGGACGUAUUGAUGGAUAUCUUUUCCCUCCUGGAGAUCCCUGACCUCGUGCGUGCAGCAUCUGUUUGCUCCUCCUGGUGCUCCGCAUAUACCUUCUUACGCAGCCACCCAGAGCUAUACAAACGACCACAGACGCCUUGCCUAUUCUACACCUCUGAAUCUUCUGGUGACAACGUAGCAUGUCUCUACAGCCUCGCGGAGAAGAGGGUCUACAACUUAACUCUUCCAGAUCCACCCAUCCGAAGUAGGUAUCUCCUUGGUUCCUCGCAUGGUUGGCUAGUCACCGCCGAUGACAAAUCUGAGCUGCACCUUGUCAAUGCCAUCACCGCUCAACAGAUAGCUCUCCCAUCGGUGAUCACCCUGGAUUAUGUAGUGCCAAUCUUUGACAAUACAGGCACAAUUGUUAACUAUGAGGUGUGGGAGGCACCAGAUGAUUCUGACUCAGACACUGAAAUGGUUGAUCGCGAAUUGUUAUUCCAUGCUCCACCUGACGAGCUUCGUAACGACAUCUACAAGAGCGCCUUCGUUUUUCCGGAUCCGUCCACAGGAAGCUAUAUUGUGGUUCUCAUCCACGGUCCAGGAUGUCAGCUUUCGUUCGCAAGGGUAGGAGAUCGUAACUGGACCUUGCUGCCACCGGGUUGGGAAUAUGAACAGUGCAUCUACAUGGAUGAUCUGCUGUAUGCAUCCACAAGAUAUGGAAGAAUCGAUGCUUUUGAUCUCACCAGUCCUACCAUCACGAGGAAUAUAAUUUCAGAUGAGAUUGACUACAGCAUUGGUGACCACUGGGGGCACCUGUACUUUGUUCAGGGUCCAUGUGGUGGUCUGCUGGAAGUUUGCAGGAAAUCAUCAGGACAUUUAGAUGCGGGUUAUGAGAAGCCUAUACGGAAAACUGACAAAAUAUUGUUACAUAAAAUUGAUAUUGCAGCAAAAGGGCUUGUGAAAAUAAAUGGCUUGCAUGAUCACGUGUUGUUUCUUGGACGUAGCCAGGCACAGUGCCUUAGUGCUGAAGAGUAUCCUCAACUGAAGGCAAACUCCGUCUAUUUCACAGAUGGUGGGGAAUAUAAUUGGCAGUCUAAGAAUAUUCCCCGGGAUAUAGGUAUUCUCAAUUUGGAAAAUGAUAGUACGGAAGAAAUUGCAUCUCCGUUUUGGUGCAGCUGGCCUAGUCCCAUAUGGAUAACACCGAGUCUUACAGUAAUGAACAUGUCAUUGUACAAAUAGGUAGUUUUUUUUAAGAAACUGUCAUGUACCUUGAUUCUGGGAUCUUGACCACAAUUUACCAUUUUUGUGUGGGCAGAUGCUAUUAAAACGGAGGCAUGUUCCGUUUUUCUCUUGUUCAUACCUUGUUUGCUAUAUCUGAUGAAAAAAAUGUGCUUGAGAACCAAAUACUUGGAAUGGAAAUCUCACAUGAUUUGUUUUCCUGAA